AUGUUAUUGGAGAUCAUAAAUUUCUUUCUUUCUCCGCUUUCUUACCUCUUUGAACCUUACUUUAGUCGUACUUUUAAUGCAUUCACGUCACGAAAAACACAACGUACAGCUGUCAAAUCUAUUUUUGUAUUUCUUCUUGUUGUAAUUUUAGUUUCUAUUGCAUUUCUAGCAUACUUGGGUUUUUAUAUGAUUUAUGUUCCAAAAAUUGCUCAUGUAAAGCCCAUUUAUUUACAAUACGAAAAUGACAAACCUCCAUAUGCAAUAAUAGAUUUCACAGAUAAUGGUCGAUACGAUACCCUAUUAACUGCGGAUCAAGCAUAUGAUGUUUCAAUUGAUUUAUAUGUUCCUAAUUCAGAUAGAAAUAUUGCAUUAGGUAACUUUAUGAUCGGUUUAGGAUUAAGGGCCAAGAAUGAAACGGUGCAAUUUUCAAGUCGUCCUUGUAUCCUUACAUAUCAAUCGGGCAUGCUUCGCGUCUUUUCUACUUUAUGGCGAUUAAUUCCUUUGGUGUUAGGUUUCACAAAAGAAGAUCAAAAACUAAAAAUUGUUAUGCUGGAAAAUAUGAUUGAGAGUGAAGAAAAGCCAAUAACGGAAGCAUUGAUUACUAUAUCAAACAGUCAUCUUGAGGUAUAUAACGCUCAAAUUCGAUUGGAUGCUCAUUUCAGAGGCUUGCGGUCAUUUGUCUCAUGGUGGCAAAAUAAAGUAAUUGCUAUACAGAACGCUCCAAUCACAUCUGGAGGCGAGGGUGAAACAAACAAUACUACUGAUAGUAAUCAAGGUGAUGAUUCGGAUAGAACGUGGUUGGAAGGUGGUCGACGUGAUGAUACCGUAGAAAGAAACCCGGAUGAUAAUGAAACAUCGGACAGCGAAUAUGAAUCAUCGCGUCCUGGUUCUGUAAUUUCACCGACGGGUAUAGCGUUAGUUUACGAAUCUGGGGACAAUACAGAAUCAUAUGUCACAGAUGAUGAUGAUUCACAUUCAUAUAGUACUGUUUCACGAACUAAUGACAAUGAUCACACGGUAACAACAGAGAGUGAAGAUCAAUUUGAAGAUGACGACCAAACGGAAGGAAGUGCUACACCAACCUCUCGAAGCCGAAGAAGUACAAUUUCUGCUGGAGCAUCAACAAAUGCAAAUGAUUCAGAAUUUGAAGAAAGGCCUAGUUUACAGUCUAGAUCUCCUAUUAGAAGAACUGGAUCGAAUAUUGGUAAUCUUGAAUAA